CAAUCCAAUGAGAGUUGGUUGGUAACAAGAAAGUAACGUUACCUUUAAACGAAACCGGUGUUGCCAUGGUUACCAGGUUUUCUUCGCCUUUUGAAUGUCCCGCCAGCGAAAAAUGUGAGAUUUUAAUGUAAACAAAAUCUUUGAAUUGUUUUUCUCAUUGAAUGUUAAUUGUAAGGAGAAAAGAGAUUUUUGUUUUAUAUUUUGUUUUUCUAUUUAAACUUUUUUGUUUCUAUUUAAUGUUUUUUUAAUUAAUUUGGUUGAUUUUGGUUUGUGUAAUGUUAAAGAUUUUUUACUAUGGAUAUAGGUGAAAAGCUGUUUUUUGAUCAUGAUGAAGCUCCAAUACUUCAUCGGGUUUUCCCUGGGGUUAGAGCUCCAUCAUUGGAGAAACGGAAAAUGUUUGAAGAAGAAUAUCAAAUUGUAAUUAGAUCUGGUAAAUUCUCGGAGAAAGAGGAUAAAAGAAUUAUCCGUAAUUAUAAUAAAUUCAUCAAAACUUGUGAUCUAGUUGAUGACGUUGUCACACGAUGUGCGUUACUUGGUUUUGCUUUAGAGAAUCCGGAUGCCCAGGAAACUAUUUCGUUAAUUAAACAAUUGGUUCAACCUUGUGGACUUUAUUUUCGUUUAGCUUAUAAACUGCCAAAUCGGACAAUUUCAUCGAUCUAUUCAAGAACUCGAAAAUUAUUCUGUCCAUUCAGGAGAAUUGGAGAAGUUGAUUCAAAAACCAAAGAGGAAAUGCUCGAAUAUGCUAAACGUGUUUAUGGACAAUUAAAACAUUUAUGGGCACAUAUGGCAAAUAAAUUUAAUUGUGAUCCACAAGGUAUUAGGGCUAAUGUGACAUCUAAAUUUGAUUUUAAAAAAAUGAUGCCCUACAAUUCUGGAAAAUUCUCAAUCAAUGAAAACAUUAGAUUACUCGAUUCUAUCUGUCGAUUUUUGGAAUUGGAUCCUAAAGAUUUGUCCGCUCAAAUAAUCAAGCAACGGAAAAUGUUCUGGCCUGUGAUCGCUCAAGGAGUUAAAACCAGAGACAGUGUUUCUUGUUGGAGUCAUGCAAUUUCCAAAACAUUACUGGGAAAUCUAUCGGCAUGGAAAAGAUCUUUGAUCAAAUGGAGAGCGAAUCAAGCGAGGAAAGAACAAGCAAGACAAAAGGCCAAUUGUACAGAUUCAACCUAACCAAAGACUUGCCAAUAAUUUGCCAAGAACAACAACUAUCAGAGUUGUAAUUAAUUCCAAUCAUUAUGACAAUCAAUAUGAAAAUCAAUUGAAAACAUUUUCAUUUCUUUGUUGAUGUAAAUGCACGAGACGAAAAACAAUUAAAUUGCAAUUCUUUUUCUUUAAAGGACACAAAA